AUGGCUGAAGAUGAAUGUUUCAAGCAGCGAUUAUCGCACGUGUACUCAAACGAAAGCGAACGUUUUCAAUUGAAAGAUCGUAAUUACAGUCGUCAGUAUGCACACAUCUAUGCCUCCAGAUUGGAGCACAACAAAUCAUAUUUAGAAGAGAAAUGCAGGCGAACAUGGGGUUGUGAUAUACCUUUAAAAAAAAUUUCCGAAUUAGUGGCAGAUGAAAAGUGCGCCAUCAUUGGAACUCUUUUCAAGCAAAUGAUUUACAAGCCAAAUAUUUUGAAAGAAAUAAGCGAAGAAAACCAAUUAGAACCUCAACCAAUUCGGGAGAAAUAUACUGACUCAUCAGAUGUGUUGAUCCUGGAAGAUGAUCUGCAAAGAAUUUUGUUGGUGGGAAAUGUGGAGAGCAUGAAAGCCAUUACUGGAGUCACAGCAGCCAUCCUCGGUUGCCAGGAUUCCAACUCGGGCAAGUUUCAAGUUGAAGAUAUCAUCUACAAAGAUUUGAAUCCAAACAUCAGGAGUGAACUUAACUGUAAUAAAGAAAGUUAUGUUGUUUUGUUAUCUGGCUUGGAAAUUGGAGGUGAUGAUAAAGAUGCUGCUGAAUUGUUGAUGAGUGUACAGUUACUAAUUGAUCUGCUCAAUGGAUCGAUUGGGGAUGAAGACAUAGAGAACAAGAUGUCAAAGGUUCUGAGGGUAAUAAUAGCUGGAAACUCUCUGAGUUCAAAAAUCAUUGAAAAGGAUAUUAUUUCACAUGGAAAACACAAAAAGCGACAUAACCGACAGAAUGAUAAUGAAGAAGAGAAGGAAAGUCGAGAUGCUAUUGAUAAAUUGGACAACUUUCUGUUUCAGUUAUCCAUUAAUGCAUAUGUUGACCUCAUGCCUGGCCCCACUGACCCCACCACGUUCACACUACCUCAAAAACCAAUUCAUCGCUGUUUAUUACCAAAGUCAGGAGCUUUAUCAACUCUGAAUCCAGUUUCAAAUCCUUAUGAAUGCAAAAUUGAAGGUUACAAUUUCCUUGGUACAUCUGGUCAGCCAGUAAAAGAUGUUGUGAGAAUAACAGAGUAUGAAGACGAGUUGGAGGUACUGGAAGGGAUGUUAAAAUUUGGGCAUUUAGCCCCAACAGCUCCCGACACUCUUGGCUGCUACCCAUUCGAAGAGGCAGACCCUUUCAUCAUAGAUGUUUGUCCUGAUGUUUUUUUUGCAGGAAAUUGUAAGAAAUUUGAUUGGAAAAAAUAUGAAAAUGUAAGUGAAAAACAUACUCUACUCAUCACCAUCCCCAGUUUUAAAGUUACUAAAACUGCUGUGCUCCUUAACCUUUAUGAUCUGACGUGUUCACCUAUCUCUCUGCCAUGA